CGUUAACUACUGUCGUCGGACUGCAGUAGCGCCAAGCAGUCACAACAGUUAGCCGGACAUGAUGAGCGGGGACGGUUACAGCAUCCUUACCGGCCACACCAGCACCUUCCACACGGCUGACUACGUCGUUCUUGCGGCAACACUGUCGGUGUCCGCUGGUAUCGGCUUUUUUUACGCCAUCAAAGAUCGCAACAAUGUAUCAACUAACGAGUUUUUGUUGGGAGGACGGAAGAUGAACGUCUUCCCCAUCGCCAUGUCGCUGUUGGUGACGUUUCUUUCAGCGUUGACUAUUUUGGGGACUCCAUCUGAGGUGUAUGCCUACAAUUCCAUGUUCUGGUGGAUCUGCCUGGGUUUUGUGGUGGCCACGCUGGGAGCGGUCCGGAUAUUCAUACCAUUCUUCUACAGACUCGGAACGACCAGCGUGUUUGAGUACUUGGAGAUGCGCUUUGACAAAAGCGUGCGCUUCAUCGUCUCCCUGCUGUUCGUUAUUCAAAUAAUGCUGUAUAUGUCCUUCGUUCUGUACGCUCCCUGCCUGGCGCUCAGUGCGGUAACUGGCCUAAGCCUGUGGGGGUCUGUGCUGUCCGUAGGGAUCGUUGCCACCUUGUACACAGCUCUGGGCGGGAUGAAGGCGGUGGUGUGGACGGACACGUUCCAGGCGUUCAUCAUUAUUGCCGGCCUCGUCGCCAUCCUCAUCAGGGGCUCCGUCGUCAUGGGUGGCUUUGACAAGGCCUGGGGGGAUUGCUUACCAACGAUCCAGGAUUAUGUUCCAUGUUUCGACAUUGACCCAACUACCCGCCACUCCUUCUGGUCCCUGGUUGUAGGCGGCGGGUUCAUGUGGAUGUCGCUGUACGGAGUUAACCAAGCGCAGGUGCAGCGAGCCCUAUCCUGCAGAAGCAUCGCCAAGGCUCAGGUUGCAUUGGUGCUCAACACUUUCUUUCUCAUCAUCGUCAUCAGCAUGUGCUGCAUGAUCGGCAUCGUGAUGUACGCCUUCUACUCCGACUGCCACCCCGUCAGCUUCAACAACCUCAUCUCCAGGACUGAUCAGACCCUGCCACUUCUCGUCAUGGACAUCCUCGGCGUCUACCCAGGCAUCCCGGGCAUGUUCGUGUCAUCCCUCCUCAGUGGCAGUCUCAGCUCUAUCUCCUCGGGACUGAACGCUGUCAGUGCUGUCGUUCCUGGCGACCUCAUCAAACCCUGGUGUUGUAGCAGUAUCUCUGACAGGGCCUCCGCCAUCAUGUCAAAGGUUAUUGUGGCGCUGAGUGGUUCCACUAUCAUUCUUCUCUCCUUCGCUGUGUCACGGAUGGGCACACUGUUUCAGGCCGCUGCAGCAGCCACAUCUCUCCUCAACGGUCCAAUCUUCGGUAUCUUUGUCCUCGGUAUGUUCUUUCCAUGGGCCAACUCGAAGGGCGCCAUUGUUGGCAGCAUAACAUCUGUAGCAUUCAUGACGUGGAUCGGGGUCGGCGCGUUUGUGCACAGGACAGGUAGCAGAGUUCGCUCGCCCGUCUUCACUCAUGGAUGCAACUGGAACGUUACUAUGGAAACGCCAUUGCAUAAUAAUACUAUGUUUGUGACUACAACCACAAAUAUCUUAGACUCGAACACGACAACAGUUGCAGUGACCACGGAGACUAGCUCAAGCGUGUUCCUCCCACUGUACUCGCUGUCCUACAUGUACUACACUCCCACCGCCAUGGCAGUGCUGGUGCUGGCCGGGCUUGUCACCAGCCUACUCUCAGGACCACGCAAGCCGUCCACCCUGGACCCCCGCCUCAUCAGUCCCUUGUUUGACCGCUUGUUCCCCUUUCUGCCGGAGAUGCUUCUCCAACCCCUCAGGUGUGGAGUGGACCAUGACCGACAUAAACAGAGCUACAGUCUACCAUCAGUUUUGUCCCAAGACGAGUCGCCCACGUGUAAGCCAGCCAUUACUCCAGCCGAUGACAGAACAGCUGACCAAGGCUUGACCCUGCUCCACACCUACACCUAGGCUGCAGCAGGUCCCCAGCGGUUGUGUGCUACCCUAUCACUUGCGUCAUGUCGAGUCUCCCUCGACAACCUUCCUUGUCUCCAUGGUGUUGUGUUGUGACGGCUUCACGUCAUCAGAACAGUAUACAGAUGCUGUAACACCGUAACACCGUAACACUGUAACACUUUAACACUGUAACACUGCACAGUGUAGUGUUCACCAGACUGUAGUGUCACUGUUUAUGCACCAUUCUAUGGGCGCUUCCUGUAAUAAGUGUCCUUGUAUUCAAGUCUACUAUGUACGUAGAUAGCAAUAAACAAAUUCACUUUG